AUGGGAAAGUGGGUUGCGGAGGUAUCUGCCCUAAGAACGAAAGGCCAAAUUUGGGUAGGAACAUUUAACACUACUGAAGAAGCUGCUUUGGUUUACAAUAAGGCAACUAUUUCAAUCAGAGGUGUUUAUGUUGUGACAAACAUUAUCAAGCCAACACCAAGAGACCUGGCACCAGCAGAAAUCACCUCCAUCAAUCCACCAUCAAAGGAUAUCGAUUUCAUAAACCUACCAUCUUCAUCCUUAGACGGUGAUAGGAUUUAA